AUGAGGCGUGAAGCACAAUUCAAGCAUCGUAUGCUCGAUAUGGUGAUUGGAAAAAACAAUCCCUUAAGGAGAAGAAAGAGUAUAAUUGAUAGGCACGGUUUAAGAUGUUUGGAAAAAUCUAAAGAUGAUAUUGGUAGCUCAAGAACAACUCAUUCCAGAAUCCGUGAGCUGAUGCCAGAUAAGGUUAUGGAUAAAAAUUUAUACGGACUGAUGAAGGCUGUAUCUAGACACACAAAGGACCCCAAUGUACAGAAACUGUUAUCUCCAAAUCUAUUUCCACUUUAUAAAGAUAAAUCCAAAGAUAGUAUCCUACCACUGCCAGAAGUUUUGAAAGAAAUUGGCUUACAUUCUGGUGAUCGAAAGGCUGUUAUUGAGCUCUUGAUGGAAGUUACAGGUGUAAACGAUGUCGUUGAAAAGUCCUUGCGCUAUGUUAACGAUCUCAAGUCGUUGAAAUUGGACAAAGACAUAAAUGAGAUUACAGCUGCGAUAGAUGGCGUUUUCAGAAAUCUUGAGAAGAGUUUAGACUCAGAACAAAAACAAGAGCUAAAAACGCGUCACUUUGCUUUCCUCAAAAAAGAACAGUUGGAGAAAUUGUUUGAAAAAGAAUUUCAACCACCAACCACCCUUUAG